AUGCAACCACUAUUCUUGUUAGGAGUUAUCGGACUCGUUGCUGCGCAAUACUUUCCGUUCCCAAAUCCACCUCUGUUCCCGAUUCCACCACACGCGUUAGGUGAACUACACGCAAUAUGGAACGAUCCCAAGCUCACCAAACAACAGUUCGAAGAAAAAAUGAAGAACUGGGCGGAAAAAAAUGGAAAGAAGACACAGUACGAAGAUUACAAGAAAAAGGUGGAAAAAGAGAAGAAGGAACUCGAGGAAGGACUUAAAGAAGUGUCCAGAUACUUUAGGAAGGUUAGGGAGACGGAAAAAAAUGAGUCGCCUACUUAUAAAGAAUUCGCGAAUAAGAUAAAGGACCUCUUCUCUAAACUGACAAAGAAACAAAAAGGAGCUGUACGAUUCCUGGAAUGCUUAUUCGCUCCAUCAAGUUCCAAAAGUUGUGUUUCCAAACCAAUAGGACCCGCACCAUUCGGACCUGGACCAAUAGGACCCGCACCAUUCGGACCUGGGCCAAUAGGACCCGCACCAUUCGUACCUGGACCAAUUGGACCCAUACCGUUCGCACCAGCGCCAUAUGGACCAUUCUAUCCUCCAUGUACGGGACUGUUUUGUUAA